GUAAGCAACUACAGGCUUUAUUUUAUAUUAUUUCAUUAUUGUAUUAUUAUUAUUGUAGUUACUUAGUUUAUGAAUAUAAUAUAGUGAGUUUGUAACACAUGCUUCUAUUUUUUCCCCCCAGUGUGGCUUCUCAAGUUACCUACGAAGAAGCAAAUGGGCCAUCCACAUCGAGCACAACAUCACCUCAGAGGGGCCGUAGAUGUGGGCGCAUUCAUGGCCGUGAGGAAUCGCGUAGCCUCUCACCAGUAACUCAUGAUGGAAGAUGGAACACUGAAGCAGAUCCUGAUAUAGUGCCCAAUGUUCCAAGGUUUACUCCUAAAAGAACACCUGGAGUGCAGCCUCCACUCACAUUUGGAAAAUGGUCUCCUCUUGAUAUUUUCAGUCAGUACUUUGACGAAGAGGUCGUAAACAUCUUGUGUGCAAACACAAACAAGAAUGCGGUGAGAAAUCUGGAGAGGGGCAGGAAGUUCACAUGGGCUGAUGUAUACCCUGAAGAAAUGAAGAAGUACAUAGGUCUGCUUCUCUACAUGGGUGUGAUGGAUCUGCCAAAAGUGAGGGACUUCUGGAGGAAGAAGACUUUGUUUCACGUUCCCUUUCCCGCUACUGUGAUGUCCAGGGAUCGUUUCUUGGCAAUCUCCUACAAUCUGCACAUCAGUGAUCCAAUGGAAGAUGCAGAGAAUGACAAGAAAAGGGGCACAGAGGAAUAUGACUGUCUCCACAGAGUGCAACCAGUCUUGGACAUUAUGAGGAACAGGUGCAUGUCUGUUUACCACCCUAGACAGAACAUUUCUGUUGAUGAGCGGAUGAUUGCCACCAAAGCCAGGAUAUUCUUCAAGCAAUAUAUGAAGGCCAAGCCUACUAAGUGGGGCAUAAAACUUUUCGUGUUAGCUGAUGUCAACGGCUACACCAUUGACUUCAAAAUCUACACCGGGAAGUCAAAAUUUGCAUCUGGGAAAGGCCUGUCAUUUGAUGUUGUCACGUCACUGGUGAAUCGCGACUACCUGGGGUCAGGCUAUGUGAUUUACUGUGACAAUUUCUACACAAGCACUCUCCUCUUUCGACAUCUGCACCAGCUGGGAUUCGGUGCAUGUGGAACUUGUCGAGAAGGAAGUGUUGGUGUUCCUUCAGCCAAACAAAAUGCCCUGAGCAAAAGGUCACCAAGAGGCUCCAUUCGCUGGAUCAGAGAUGACGUCCUUUUGUUUGUGAAGUGGAUGGACACAAGGGAGGUCACCAUCUGUACAACUGUCCACACAGUGUACAGCGGGGAGACCGUGCUGAGGUGGCAGAUGACAGAGGAUGGGCAAAAAGAGAACGUCCCUGUUCCCAGGCCAACAGCAGUUCAGCAGUACAAUAAGUACAUGGGGGGGAGUUGUCACCUCUGA